AUGAAGAUCAAUAUUGCAUGCCCCAGUACCGGCCUUCAAAAGAUCAUCGAAAUCGAUGACGAGAAGCGUCUUCAGGCUUUUUACGAGCGUCGUAUGGCCCAAGAAAUUGACGGAAGCGUUCUUGGUGAGGAAUUCGAGGGAUUCAUCUUCCGCAUCUCUGGAGGAAACGACAAGCAAGGUUUCCCCAUGCGUCAAGGUGUUUUGACCAACACUCGUGUCAUGCUUUUGUGCUCCAAGGGAGCCAAGGCCUACAGACCUCGUCGUGCUGGUGAGAGAAAGCGCAAGUCUGUUCGUGGAUGCAUUGUCGGACAAGAUAUUGCCGUCUUGAACUUGGUUGUCACUCAAAUGGGAGGACAAACCAUCGAGGGCUUGACCGAUCACUCUGCUCCUCGCCGUCUUGGUCCCAAGCGUGCCAACAAGAUCCGCGCCCUUUUCAACUUGACCAAGGACGACGAUGUUCGCAAAUACGUUAUUGCUCGCACUUACACCAACAAGAAGGGCAAGGAACAACGCAAGUCACCCAAGAUCCAACGGUUGGUAACUCCCCUCACAUUGCAACGCAAGCGCGCUCGCAAGGCAGAGAAGAUGAACAGUGUCCUCAGAAACAAGGAGGAAGCCGCAGCAUACAAGAAGCUUGUCGCCCAAAGACUUGCCGAGAAGAGAGAAGCCCGCCGCUCCCUCAUCUCCAAGAGACGAUCCUCUCGCAAGUCCGCAAAGAUGGCAGCCGAGAAGAAGUAA